AUGGCUUAUAGUUCUCGAUACUUCGUACCGACGGAGCUGGAUGACAUUCCGCCAACACACAACCGCCGUAGAUAUGAUAAGAUCAAAGCAGAUAAGAUGUUGCCUCACACGUCGUCCCCUUGCAAGACUUUUAUCUCCCUAUGGAAACUCUGCGGGUUCAAGUAUAUGCGCCCAAACCUCCCGACAAUACCCAGCCAAAUCAUUAUGACCAAAGGUUUCGACUCGGAGCAAACAUACAUGACAUCCCCCGAAGCGAAGCGGCUAGUACCUUUGUCUCACGAAGUAUCGACUUACAUUCAAGGGUUUGGUGUCAUCCCAAAUCAGGAAGAAGCCGCGAUCCUUGAGAACCUUCGUACGACACGUCAAGGCGAGGAAAAAUUGAAGGAGCUCGCGGUCGUCUCGUCCAUCCUUGCCCCCAUUCGGCGACUUCCUCCAGAGCUUCUGACAAAAAUAUUCCGUCUUACGACUGCAGAACCCCAACCUCCGGCGCAUCCAGAGGACCGCUCCCCCAUGGUUCUCUGCAGCGUAUCCACCCUGUGGAGAAACAUUGCCAUCAAGGACCCAUUCCUGUGGACACAGAUCCGAUUCGAUUAUCCAGUGUACAGCGAGUACAUACAAUCUGAAGAGUACUGCAACUCGGACGAAGAAGAAUUGACGCCUUCCAGGGAUGAGUCCCACGUCGUUGAGGAGUAUCGGCGCAUGCUACGAAGAGUACAAGUUUUUGUCCAACGCGCUGGAAGUGCGCCUCUGUUGCUCAGCGUCGGCGACUGCCGAACGGAUACAAUAAGGAUUGUUGCCCCCUCGCCAACGCUCCAGGCCUACAGACAAAACGCCUUCAACACGCUGGUCUCUCUCUUCCCUAGAUGCUGGUCGUUGCAGUUUUACGUGGACCAUGCAUGGAGAACGUCCUUCUUCACAAAGCUUCCUCCGGGGAUAUUGUCCAAACUGGAAAACCUCCAGAUCAGUUUCCAUCAGGAGACGACCGCUAGUUCUCCUAUAGAGACACAGCUAUUCAAACUUUCCCCUCUUCGGCAUUAUCAUCUAUUUUCUGAAUUUCCACGGGACCUCGCCCACAUUUCCGUUCCGCACUUGUCACUGGAAACGCUUACAAUCCUUCUGUCAGACAGGGCGUACAUGAACACGAACUUGCCCUGCACAGAUGCCGUCGAGAUGUGGCGUACUUUCCUUCUUAAGUGCACAAAUCUCCGUGUCGCAUAUGUCAGUUACCUGCUAAGCAAUUUUCUACUCGUCCUACACUCUCCAACACUAUCGCAUGGGCUUCUGCACCUCCAGUAUCGCGUUCCCCGUUGGCACACCUUUCCAGAUUUCACGUACGCACCAAUCUUCAUGCAAGUGCAUGUGUGA